GUGAUCCGGACGCUGACGGUGCUGGACCGGGAGACGAGUCCCGGGUACUGGCUGACGGUGUGGGCGCAGGACCGCGGGCUCGUGCCGCUCUCCUCCUACGUGGACGUCCACGUGGAGGUACUGGACGCGAACGAUCACAUCCCGGAACCGGAGGAGGCAAUGUACGUGGCCCGGGUCCCGGAGAACUCCCCCGAGGGGGUGGAGGUCCUUCGGGUCAAGGCCACGGAUCCGGACGAGGGACCCGGCCCCGCCCUGCGCUAUGAGAUCACGGCCGGCAACCCGCAGAACUUCUUUCGGAUCCAUCCCGAUACUGGAGUCAUCACGACGACGACCCGUCGCUUGGAUCGGGAGAACCAGGCGGAGCAUGAGCUAGAAGUGACGAUCCACGACAGCGGGGAUCCACCAGGCGUCGUGUACGUGGUCAUCCAGGUGGAGGACGAGAACGACCACACGCCCGUGUUCCUCGAGCGGGUCUACCGAGCCCGGCUGCCCCAGACGCAAGACCUCACCCAGCCGCUCGUCCAGCCAUCUGAGGGCUCUGAAGGAGAUGACUCAAAUCUGGUAGAGGGCUCAGAGUGGGCCGUUUAUGAAAUCCAACACUUGUCAGGGAUCCCAGUUUACAGGGUGGUGGCAAAAGAUGACGAUGAGGGACGCAAUGCAGAUCUUGUCUACAGCAUCAAGACGUUAGAAGGGUUCAAGAUCCACCCAACCACAGGUGUCAUCUAUGCUCAGAAGCCACUCAAGGCUGGAGAAGAGUUUGAACUCAUGGUCAUGGCAUCAGAUGAUGGAGAAUUCCCCAGAAAUGCCACUGUGAGGGUCCUCAUGACCAUCCUCCCGAUCCCAGAUGUUGCCUCACAUCCCCAUCCACCAAAAGUGGCCAGUCCCAUUCGCCGUGUUGAUGUGAUGGAGUCAGAUGCGGUGGGAACCAUGGUGACUUUUGUUGAGGCUUCAGAUGAAGAUGGGGACAUGCUAUGGUUUGAGAUUGUGGGGGGGAACUCUGGGGAAGAGUUCCAUAUUGGGCGGGACACUGGGGUCAUCCUCCUAGCCAGGAAGUUGAACUGGGAGAAACAGAAGGAGUACAAUCUGAGCAUCAAAGUCACAGAUGGCAUUCACAAUGCUUUCUGCCAGAUUAUGGUACAUGUUGUGGAUGUGAAUGACCACCGCCCUAUAUUUGAAGAGGAGCAAUACAUUGCCAAGAUUUCAGAAUCAGCCCCAGUUGGAUCUCGUGUGCUCACAGUCUCUGCUCGUGAUGAGGAUGAGGACCAACGUGUCAUCUACUCAAUCCAUUCAGCACGGCAUCGUGGUUCCCUUUCCAUGUUCAAGAUCGACUCCACCAGGGGCAUCAUCACAACCAGCAUGCCACUGGACAGAGAGACGAAUCAGGAGCACGUGUUGACCCUGAUGGUGAAUGACCAAGGAACACCUUCGAGGAGAAGUUACACCCGUGUUAGGAUCACUGUAGAGGAUAAGAAUGAUCAUGCACCCCAAUUCCUGGAGAAGCUGGUGAAAGGACAGGUGUUUGAAACGGCAGAAAUUGGGACAGCAGUCAUUCAGGUCAUGGCUUUUGACCGUGACCAUGGUGACAAUGCUCGCAUCACUUAUGCCAUGACUGCUGGAAACAUCGGGCAGGUUUUCAGUGUCGAUCCUGUACUUGGUAUCAUCAGGACAAGAAAGCCAUUGGAUCGAUCAGCAAUGCCAGAAUACCUACUGGUCAUCACAGCCUCUGACCAUGGGAUUCCAAGUCUCUCUGACAGCAUCCAUGUCCAAAUUCAUGUUUCCAUGGCUGAAAGAGACCCACCCAAGUUCACUGCGACAGAAUACACUGCAGAAGUGUAUGAGAACAAGCCAAAGGGAACAUUCAUUGUGAGCGUGGAGGCCAGGAGCCGCUCUUCAGUGUACUAUGAGAUCAGUGGAGGCAAUGAGGGCAACAUCUUCAACAUCAAUCCCAGCUCUGGAGUUGUCUUUGUUGUUGGGGAGCUGGAUUUUGAGACCAGGAACUUCUUUAACCUCACAGUUACUGCAUCCAAUACUGUUGGUGUGCAAUCAAUGGCAUCAGUGGUGAUCAGUAUCCUUGACCAGAAUGACAACUAUCCACGUUUCACCAGUCUGUUUUAUGAAGGCCAUGUGAGCGAAUCUGCCCCAGUUGGCUCACUUGUGCUGACUAAUAGCAGCCAGCCACUUGUCAUGACUGCACUUGAUGCUGACUCAGGGCUCAACAGUUUGCUUCACUUUGAACUUCUUGAUACCAGUAUCUCAAGACUUUUCUCUGUGGAUUCAAACACUGGUGCGGUGAAGGUGAAUGGGAGACUGGACCAUGAAAAAACACCAUUCCUGGAGUUCCUAGUGCAGGUAUCAGAUAGCGGAAAGCCAAAACUGGUGGCCGACACACCCACAACUGUGCGAGUGUUCAUCACAGACGAGAAUGAUUCCCCACCUGCAUUCUCUUCCCAUUCUUACAAGGCCACUCUUCUUCUUCCGACUUAUGCAAAUGUUGUUGUGCUGCAGUUGAAUGCUACUGAUGCCGAUGAGCCAAAGAACACUCACUUCCUCUUCUCCAUCUUGAAUGGGAAUGAAGAUCUGAAGUUCAAAGUGGUCCCUGAUACAGGCCAAGUGGUGGUGAAUGACCCAAUGCAUCUGAAUGGGAUGUUUCACAUGAAUGUGUCUGUGAGCGAUGGGAAGUUCACUGAUGUUGCAUCUGUGGAAAUCGAGUGUGUGGCAACAACCAACUCUGGCCUUGUCUUUAGUGAAGGAUCAUAUUUUUCUGACAUAGAGGAAAAUUCCACUCGCAUUGUGGUGGUGGCUGUUGUGGAUGUUCGUGGGACAGCCCUCAACGAAGAGCUGGCCUUCCGCAUCCUCAAUCCUUUGGAAAUGUUCACCAUCAAUCCCACAUCUGGUGCCAUAUCCACUACUGGGAUUCCUUUUGAUAGGGAGGUUCAGGAUCAUUAUGAGCUAAUUGUGGAGGCUGCUGCAUCUCCUGGGACACCAGAAGCUCGAGUUGCUCAUGUGCUAGUGAAUGUCACUGUGGCAGACACAAAUGACAACCGACCAGUAUUCCUCAAUCUACCUUAUUAUGCUGUGAUCCCUGUUGAUGCACAAAUUGGCCAUAUUGCCAUUCGGGUGGAGGCUAUUGAUCUGGAUGUGGCGGAAAAUGGACAAGUGCGAUAUGAGCUGGUUCGUGGGGAUGGUGACCUCUUUGGGGUCAUGUCCUCUUCAGGUGAUAUCUUUCUGAAGCGGCCUCUAGAAUCAUACCAUCGUGAUUAUGAUCUUGUCGUGGCUGCAACAGAUCGAGGAAAGUACCCACUGAGAAAUGAAGCUCCUGUCUACAUUAAGAUCAUAGAUCGGCUAAUGCCAAUCUUUGAUCGCCAGUUCUACAAUGUAAGCAUUGCUGAGUCAGCUGACCCACACACUCCUGUCAUAAGUAUCCUGGCAGAGUCCUCUCACGGUCGGAAGCUCAUCUACAGUAUCUCCAGUGGGAAUGAGGAUGAAGAGUUUGGAAUUGAUUUCAACACUGGUGCAUUGUAUGUGACGGAUGUUCUGGACUACGAGCUGACGCCUUCCUAUCACCUCACCAUUCGAGCCACAGAUAGUGUGAAUGGAGCAUUUUCAGAAGUGCCUCUCAGCAUUCAAGUCACUGAUGUCAAUGACAAUCCACCUACCUUCCUACAGUCUUCCUACAAUGCAUCCAUUUCUGAACUUGCACCUGUUGGCACCUCAGUACUCCAAGUCUUAGCUCAAGAUCCUGAUUCUGGUUUGAAUGGGAAGGUGCAGUACAGCAUCCAGAAUCCAAAGGUGAAUGAUACAGAGCAGUUCUUCAGAGUGGAUGCUGAGUCAGGUGUGAUUUAUACCAUCAAUCCACUGGAUGCAGAAAUAAAAUCCCUCUAUCACAUGGUCAUUGUGGCAUCUGACUUGGGUCUCCCACCACUGUCAACAUUUGUGCAUGUUUGGAUAUCAGUUGAAGACAAGAAUGACAAUCCUCCGAAAUUUGAUGAGGCUUCCUACAGCUGCUUCCUGUCAGAGACUGCCACACGAGGGCAGCUGGUCUCUGUUAUUUCUGCAUCAGACCCUGACAGUUCUGAUGCCCAACAUUUGCAGUAUGCUAUCACAAAGGGAAAUGAACUUCAGGUCUUCAGCAUUGAUCCCAAAACAGGCAUAAUUCGGCUGCAGAACCUGCAGAACUUCAGGAACCAGACAGUGUUUAUCAUGAAUGUUUCUGUGAGUGAUGGAGUGUUCACUGACUGGGCACGACUGCGGGUGGAGGUCCUUUCAUCGAAUGGUCACACACCUGUGUUUUCCAAGCCUGCAUAUGAAGCGCAGGUCAUGGAAAGUGCUGGUCCAGGGACUUUGGUGAUACAGGUACGAGCCCAGGAUGAAGAUCAUGGCAUUUAUGGUCAGCUGACAUACUCAAUACCAUCAAACCUCAUGCAGAAAUACUUCUCCAUCGACUCAAAAACUGGUGAAGUGUGGACCAAAAUCCAUCUGGACCGGGAAGUGCAGAGUAUGUUUGAAGUUCCAAUAACAGUGCAAGAUCGUGGAGGAAAGCUAGACUUUGCAUACCUCCAUGUGAAUGUGACUGAUGUCAACGACAACCCACCCUUCUUCCUUGCUAGCAAGUACAUGGUCAAUGUCCGUGCUGAUGCAGAAGUUGGAGCUUCUAUCGUCAGGGUGAAGGCUAAGGAUUUGGACCUUGGUCCAGGAGGUGCAAUUGAGUUUUCUCUCUAUGAAGCCAAUGCCAGCCAUGUUUCUGAUUUCUUUGGCAUUGACUCUCGCACUGGAGAUCUCUUGCUAAAGAGCAGUGUCAAAGCAUACGAGAAUCAGGUCUUCCAGUUCUUCAUCCGGGCCCGAGAUCAUGGGAUGCCAUCCCUGCAUUCAGAUGUCCCCGUUGAUGUCUUCGUCACUGCACCACUUGAUGAACCUCCUGAAUUCGAGCGCUCAAAAUAUGAGUUCUUUGUGAAGGAAAAUGCACCCAUUGGGGCGGUGGUGACCCAGCUGAAGGCACAGACAAAGUUGACUGUUUCUUACCAACUCCUAACCACUUGGCCUAAGGACCAAGACAACAUUUUCAGCAUCGACGAUGAAGGCCGUGUUGUGAUCAGUCAAACCCCUGACCGAGAGGCCCGUGAUUCCUUUUGCCUGGUUGUAAUGGCUCAGACAGAAUCUACUCCUCCUCUCACUGCCCUUGCUGAAGUUCAUAUCAAGAUUAUGGAUGAAAAUGACAAUGAUCCUGUAUUUGAGAGCAACCCUUAUAAGGUGUCUGUGGCAGAGAACAUACCUGUGGGUGGCACUAUUGUCAAAGUGGUAGGACAUGACCGAGAUCAAGGGAGCAAUGCCGAACUUCGAUACUUCUUCCCUCCAUCCUUGGCAAAUUACUCAGAAGUCUUCAGCAUUGAUUCAUACUCAGGAGUGAUCACAACCAUCGUGGAGCUGGAUCGAGAGAAGAACCCUGAAUAUCAGUUGACUGUAAUGGCCUCAGAUAAUGGUGAUGUCCCACGAACUGCCUCUACUGAAGUUCACAUUGUCCUUGUGGACUACAAUGACAAUCCACCUGUGUUCACACAGCAGCUUUAUGUAGCUGCAGUCAAGGAAGAUGUGGAGUUGGGUACAGUGAUCAUCCAGCUGACCACGAAUGACCUGGACCAGGAUCAGUCACCACAUCUGCACUUCUACGUGACAAAUGGAGAUCCAUGGAGACGGUUCAAAGUAUGGCAGACUGGGGAACUGACCGUGGGGAAGCAUCUAGAUCGAGAGACAAUGGACCAUUACCGGUUGGAAAUCAGUGUCACCGAUGGGAAAUUUGUCUCCUUCACCAGUGUCUCCAUUGACAUCCUCGAUGCCAAUGAUAAUCCUCCUACUUGCCCAGUUCCAUCCUACAUGCAAUCAUUACCAGAAUCCAUUUCCAUUGGGACAUACAUCUUGACUGUGGAAGCAUUUGAUGUGGAUGAAGGUAACAAUGCCAAGCUCUUGUAUAAACUGUCCGGUGAGGGAUCUGAUGAUUUCAUCCUUGAUGCUGCCAAUGGGAUUUUGAAGACAGCCAAUGAACUAGACCGGGAAUCCCAAUCCCGGUAUCGCCUUGUGGCCCAUGUUCAUGACAAGCUUAAACCAGAGUGGGAGUGCAGCUGUGACAUAGAAAUCACAAUCUCAGAUGUGAAUGACAACCGGCCCACAUUCACCAAGGAUAUGUACAGUGUCAUGGUGCCUGAAGACCUGGAGGUGAAGACUUUGGUUGCCAAGGUCCAUGCUCAUGAUGGAGAUCUUGGUAUCAACAAAAAAGUGUUCUACAUGCUCCUGAACUCAGCAGAUGGGCAUUUCGCAAUAGAAGAGCACAGUGGUCUUGUCACCCUGGCCAAGCCUUUAGACAGGGAGCAGCAGGCAAUGUACAACCUGACAGUCCAGGCUGUUGACCAGGGUACUCCCCAGCUGAACAGCACUGCCUCCCUCAUUGUCAUUGUGCUGGACAUCAACGACAAUCCACCUGAGUUCACCAACAAGUACUACUAUGCCACAAUUCCUGAAACUGCCCACAAGAGUAUGGAUGUGGUUCGAGUGUGGGCCACUUCCAAGGAUAGUGGAGUAAAUGCUGAGAUCACCUACUCCAUCAUUGGUGGCAAUGAGCAUAGGAAGUUCAACAUUAAUCCUAAAACUGGUGCAAUUGUGGUAGCUGAAGAAUUGGACUAUGAGCGUGCCAAGGAAUAUUUCCUGACCAUCCAGGCGACAGAUGGUGGGGUCCCACCUCUCAGCAACCAUGCUUCUGUGAACAUCACUGUCACAGAUGCCAAUGACAAUGCACCCAUCUUCAGUCAGGCUGCUUAUAGUGCCAUGGUCCAAGAAGAUGUGAAUGAAGGUCAUCAAGUCACCCAGGUUGUGGCUACUGACCUUGAUAGUGGGAUCAAUGCCAAAGUCUUCUAUCGUAUUGUGGGAGGAAAUACACACAAUCAUUUCAGCAUUGAUGAACUGAAUGGUGUUGUUAGAGUGGCUCAGAAACUUGAUCGGGAAAUGAUCUCCUUCCAUCGAUUACUCAUUGAAGCCAGUGAUGCUGGAAUUGAGCCAAUGAAGACCCAGGUGAAUCUCACUAUUGAUGUUGGAGAUGUCAAUGAUUGUACACCCAUGUUCCUACAACCCAACACAACUGCUGUGGUCCAGGAGGGGAAGCCAAUUGGUCACACUGUCCUCCAGCUGAAGGUCAGCGAUGCAGACAAGGACCCGAAUGCAGGUCCAUUCACCUUUGAUAUCCUGGAAGGGAAUGAGGCAAAUGCAUUCCGCAUCACCAAGGGUGGUCAUCUGAAGACAGCUAUCACAUUCAAUCAUGGCAUCAAGGAUUCAUACAUCCUGCGGGUCCGGGUCUUUGACAAUGGGACUCCUCCACUCUACUCUGACACUUGGAUAACCAUAAAGAUUAUUGAGGAAUCUAAAUAUCCUCCCCUGAUUGUUCCAAUGCGAGUAAGCAUCACAACUUACCAAGAUAACUUCCCCGGUGGCAUUGUUGGUCGUAUCAAAGCCACCGAUCAAGAUCCAUACGACACCCUAUCAUAUGGCUUCGUCACUUCACGUGGGACAGAUGGCAUCUAUGAGAACCUAUUUGAGAUAAAUCCACAUGAUGGCACCAUCAUUGCAUUCUCAGGCCUUGACGAUGGCACAUAUCUCCUCAAUGUGUCAGUGACUGAUGAGAAAUUUGUGUCAUAUUCACAAGUGGGAGUGGAAGUGGAGCUUGUAACUGAUGAGAUGCUCUCCAAUGCUGUUCGGGUUCGCAUCGGACCUGUCACUCCAGAAGAUUUUGUUCUCAGCUACAAGAAGAGGUUCAUUCGUGGAAUGAAGGCAGCUCUUGGGGUCCAAACGAAGGACAUCCUCAUAGUCAGCAUCCAGACAGCUGAGGAUGAGCGACCAAAACGAAGCCCUCCCACUAUGUUGGACAUCCUAUUCAUCGUGAAGAAGACUGGCCAGACCUUCCUUUCCAGAGAUACUGUGAGGAAGGAGCUCCAUGCUGAGUUGGACAAACUGGAAUCAGCUCUUGGAUUGCGGGUCUUCAGGAUCGAGAAGGACGAGUGCACCAAGGAUCUAUGCCUUCAUGGAAAGUGUGCUGAUGAGAUGACAUUGGAGGAGGGGAAGGUGAUGGUGGUAACCACUGAUGUUGAGGCUUAUGUCUCUCCCAGACAUCAUCACAAGACCAUGUGCCAUUGCAAGAAUGGAUAUACCGGGGAACGGUGCGAAGAAGUUGCUAACAAGUGUGCUCACAGCCCUUGCCCCGAGUACCAGGUGUGUGAACCUGAUGACACUGGCAAGGGAUAUCAAUGCACAUGCCCUAAGGGAUUUACUGGCCAGCGAUGUGAAGUUGACAUUAUGGAGUGCAAGUCUCGUGGGUGCUACAUCCCAAAGAACCCCAUGACAUUUUCUGGCAAAAGCUUCAUCAAAUUCACCUUAGUAAACCCCAUUGACCGUCAUCUCAGCCUUGCCCUCCACUUCCGCACUGUCUACCCAACAGGUUACAUCAUGUAUGCAGCAGGACGGGUGGACUUUAGCAUCUUGCAGAUUCAGAAUGGUUACAUGGAGUAUCGAUUUGAUUGCGGGAGUGGAGAGGGGCGUGUGAGGGUAACAGAUAUCCGUGUUGAUGAUGGGGAGUGGCAUUCUGUGUGGCUGGAGCGGAGGGGCACAGCAGCAGAUCUCCUUAUUGAUGGCACCUAUCGGGCAACUGGAACAAGCCUUGGUACAAAUGAUGUUCUCAACCUGGAGUCUCUCACUGUCUAUUUUGGAGCAGAGGUGUUGAUGAGUCGAGGGGCAUCAGAAGACAUUCGGAUGGGCUUCUGGGGCUGCCUGGAUGCUCUACAGAUGGACCAUCUCACCCUACCCCACAGAGAAGGGGGUCUCAGUCCCAUCGCCUCCCUCACACUUGCUCAUAACAUCCAGUUCCAUUGCAGUGCCCAGUUGGGUCAACCUGGAGCAUGUGGGUCACAGCCUUGUCUCAAUGGAGGAUCAUGCAAGGACCAGGCCAAAGGGGGUUUUAUGUGCCUGUGUCAGUCUCGCUUCACUGGCUACCAGUGCGAAAUUGACAAGGACCCUUGUGCUUCCUCCCCCUGCCUCCACAGUGGGGUGUGUCACAAUCUUUCCAACGACUACAGAUGCGAGUGCCCUGCCCGACUGUCAGGAAAACGCUGUGAAUUUGGGCAGCAUUGCAACCCUAAUCCAUGCCUAAAUAAUGGGAUUUGUGAGGAGGGGAUCAUAGGACCGAUAUGCAAGUGCCGAGGAUACACAGGGCCACUAUGCAAUGCUGACAUUGAUGAAUGUGCCCAGAGCCCCUGUGGCAAUGGAGGAACCUGCAUCAACAAGGAAGGGAGCUUUGCCUGCAUCUGUCAUCCAAAUACGACCGGUAGGUGUACCUACUGCACUGAGCUGAUGCGUGGAGCCAAUAUCAAGUCCACACCAUUCAACAUCACCAUAGAAGAAGUGCUAGGCAUUAUAUCAUUGCUUGUCCUCAUCUUUCUCAUUGUUGUGGCCUUCGUCUGCUGCCGCCGCCAUCGAGCCAAGAAGGCAAGAGAGCAACGGAGCAACCUCAUCGUGAGUGAAUCGAGGAAUCCCAACAUCCUCAAGCCGCACUACACUGCAUCUGCCGACAACGAAUUCAAGCGGGCCUCCAAGCAGAGCAACCUUGAAGUGUCUCAAGUCCAGGCACCACUGCUGGCUCAGCAACGCCCUGCAUCUUACAUCAGCCCCAAUGAUCCUGCAUAUCAGCAGCUGAAUAACUUUGAUACUGUUCGCAGCUAUGGUUCUGCUGCAGAUGAACUUGAGGCCAUGCCUCUGUUUACCCCUGAACGGAGGCAACCAUGCAGCAUCCCACCUUCCCUUUCCCCUCUCCCACCCUCACAGUCAGGUUCUGAUACAGAAAGCCUGCACAAACCCAUGUGGAAUGACCUUGAUCUCAUCAAGGAGGAGUAUUAUGCCUCCAGCAAAAAAAUCCAAAAUGACCUGAAAGCCUAUUCAAGUGGCAAGCCCUAUCCAAACGCAAAGCCCACAAAGACGAUGAUGAAGGUGUGCUUGCCCUCACCACCAGAGAAGGGAAUGCGACCACGGCAUUUACCAUUACCAAAUCCCAAUCCUAAUCCUAGUUUCCAAGGUGCCUGUGCCCUUCCACCUCCUCCCAGCUCUUUGAAGUCUCCCAUAAAGAAGACUCAGCAAUCUCCAGAGGAUAUACCAGGUUACAGAUGGGUAGAGUGCCUUGGGGCUUCAUCUCCGUUGCCAACUAGUUACGAGGAAUUUGAAAUGUACCUGGACAUGUUGGCUCUCAUGCCCCCACCUCCAAUCCCUAGAAGGAGGGCUGAAUAUCAUUGGGACUGCUCAGACUGGGCUGGUGGAUCUGCAAAUCCCCUGCCAAAUCUCACCGAAGUCCCUGGUGGAGAAGUGAAGGACAAUUCCAGCUUCCACAGCAAUGAGUCCAAUGAAUCUAACAGCAAGCAAGCCCUUCCCAUGCAGAUCACUUCCAACUCAAGUCAAAAUGGAGAGAACCGAGGAUCAGACAUUCAAUCAGAUCAAGAGAUUGACACACUGCCAGUGCCAUAUGUAGAUGAUGACCAUUCAGAAUAUGUUGGGGACACAGAAUAUGAGCUGGAGUCCCAGACAGACCAUCCUUACAAGGAAGUACCUAGCUUUGAGCAGAUCCUGGCUCUGAACAGCAUCGACCGCAAGUCGGACAGCACCGAUUCCUACCACCCUAGUCACGAGAUGGAGUACCUGCGCCAUCCAAACCAAUACUUGCCACAUCACCAGCUGACCAGUGAAACUGAGACCGACUCAGAUGCCUCGGUGCCCAAAUUUAGGCAGCCACGAUGUCGGCAGGGGAUAGUCACAUCCAAGGACCUGGACUCAGACUUCGCAACGCUUCCACGCCGUCACGAAAAUGGGUGUGUCAAUGGAGAACUGGGGAAGGUGUGUGACAUUGAUGAUCCUGAAUUUGAAGGCAGUGGGAGCAGCCCAAAGUUGCUUCAGAGGAAAGUAAACUCACAUAUACCAACACAAGUUUGACCAAAUAUUUGUGAGGAGUCCCUUUCCUGCUUUGCAAGCAGGAAGCGAGCUUUGCUCGCCAGCUUUCAACGUGUUUGACGUUCCCUUUCUUCAUCCCCAUAUGAAGAGCAAUAAUUCCCUGACUUUUUUUGUAUGGACUCUGUCGGUGCUAGCAUUGAUAUGCCAUGACCAAGUGAGACUGCCUUUCUUUCUUCUGCUUUUUGUUUGGCUUUGAUUUCACGAUCAAAAAUUAGACAGUGACAAGGUAGCACAGUUGCCAUGACUCACUCAGCUGCCAUAUCUUUCUUUGUUGUCUUUUGUCAUUCUCUGCCAGUAGGCCUCUCUCUUGUGAAAUGUGAUUCUAUAUAUGCCUUUUGCUGUCUCAUUCUCAUCUUUUUCCCAUGAUCUGUAGUCAAAGGGUAAUAGAAAAAGAAAGAAAAAAAGAUAUUGUCUGUGAUGGAUCCAUGAGAAGCAGGGGGAACAUGCACUCGCUCAUGGUAAUUGUGAUAAUGGGCACUUCUUCCUCGUCUCAGGAGUGUUUAAAAAAGGUUGAGUGUGUUUUGUCUGAGUCAAGUGUCUUUUUUCAAGUCCUAUGUCUGAUUUGUGAGGAAGAGAACUUGAACAUGUUUUUAUUGGGUAAUAAAAUUGUUGCUUAUUUUGA